UACCUCGCCACCGCUUCCUCCCACGAAGGCGGGGUGUAGGGUUGGCUGUUCAGCCCGAUGGGCGGUUGAGUUGGUAACGGAGUAGCCCCGGAGACUCUCCCCAAGGCAGUGAGGCCGCGGAAGGCGCGGGGGUGGAGGCAGGAGGCGCUAUGGCUCACGUCGGCUCUCGCAAGCGCUCGAGGAGUCGCAGCCGGUCCCGGGGGCGAGGGGCGGAAAAGAGGAGGAAGAGCAGUAAGGACGCUCCCAGGAGCUGCUCGGCCUCUAGAUCCCAAGGCCGCAAGGCCAGCACCGCCUCCGGGGCCGAGGGGAGAAGCAAGCACAAGGCCCGGAGGAGACCACGGUCCAGCUCUUCCUCCUCCUCUUCCAGUUCUUCUAGCUCCUCUUCUUCCUCCUCGUCCUCCUCUUCCUCCAGCGAUGGCCGGAAGAAGCGGCGGAAGCACAAGGACAACAAGAGGAAGAAGAAGAAAAAAAGGAAGAAGAAGCUGAAGAAGAAAGACAGGGAGAAGGCCAAGGCGCAGCAGGCUGAGGCCCUGCCCGGCCCCUCGCUGGACCAGUGGCACCGAGCAGCUGCGGAGGAAGAGGAUGGCCCAGUCCUGACAGAUGAGCAGAAGUCCCGCAUCCAAGCCAUGAAGCCCAUGACCAAGGAGGAGUGGGAUGCCCGGCAGAGUGUCAUCCGCAAGGUGGUGGACCCCGAGACGGGACGCACCAGGCUCAUUAAGGGAGACGGCGAGGUCUUGGAGGAAAUUGUAACCAAAGAGCGGCACAGAGAGAUCAACAAGCAAGCCACCCGAGGGGACGGCCUGGCCUUCCAGAUGCGGGCCGGGCUGCUGCCGUGAGGCCUGCUGGGUGCUGUGUGCCGUUCCUCUUGGGGGCUGGCCUCUGGCCUGGCCCAGCCUCCUCUCAGAUGCAGGGGUCACUGUUCUCAUUAGCACCUCCCCUAUGUCUCCUGAAAGAGCUCCAGUUCUCAGAUAAUAAACUUGUUUGGUUGU